GUGAGAGAGCUGUGUCACACACACCGAAAGAUAUCCUGAAUCCCUUCUCUCUCCUGCUACAGACAGAGCCACUUCACCAUGGGGAGGAUUGGCAAGGAAGUGGCAGGUCAGGUCAUAACCUUCAUAGGCUUUGUUGGGGUGGCGGUGACCUGUGGGAUCCCCAUGUGGAGAGUGACUUUCUACAUUGGAGCCAACAUCGUGACUGGCCAGAUAGUGUGGGACGGUCUGUGGAUGAACUGUGUGAUGCAGAGCACCGGGCAGAUGCAGUGCAGGCUGAAUUCAUCUCUUCAGAGUCUCUCCAAUGAUCUGCAAGCUGCCCGAGCACUGGUCGUCAUCGCCCUCAUCUUUACCUUCAUUGGCUUUAUCAUCAGCUUCAUUGGAGCCAAGUGCACCGGCUGUCUGAAGAGUGAUUCAUCACAGGCCAAGGUGGUCAUCCUAGGCGGCUGUUUCAUCAUUCUUGGCGCCAUCCUGGUCCUGAUCCCUGUUUGCUGGUCUGCAGCCAUCACCAUCACAGACUUCCAGAGCCCCUUGGUUACUACGACACAGAAAAGGGAAAUCGGAGCCGCCAUCUACGUUGGCUGGGGCUCUGCUGCAUUUCUUCUGAUCGGUGGGAUCAUCUUUACCACAUCCUGUCCUCCUCAGAAACCCAUGUAUGGAUACCCUGGCUACCCACCAGCACCAGUGUACCCUUACGCAGGCCCAGUGGCAAACCCAGCAACAUAUGGCCCUGUGUAUGUUCCCCCAUCCAGUCAACCAUACACAGGGACGGGGUCAUAUGUACCCAGCAAACCGUAUGGAGCACCAACCACAUACUCUGCUAGACAGUACCUCUAACUGAAAGGACAGAAAGAUGAAAAAGACUUUUUGCCAAGAUUUCUGCCAGGAUGGCUUCAUGAACUUGUAAUGCCAUUAUAAAGUAAAAUUGCACCAAAAAAAUGCACAUUGUAAUUCUAAAGGAUGGUAUGUAUUCCAAUACAUUCUUAGGAUGUGGAAUUAAUUCACUCAAACAAUCAAAUAGAUAUCUUUCUAGUUUAUAAAGUCUUGAUAUAAGAGGAAUAUUGUGUCAACGUGGCUGUGACAGUUGGAUUGGUUUUCAAGUGAAUUAAUAUAUUUAUUUUCUUGUCAUACAGAACAGAUUUUUUUGCAUGAUUUUGUGAUGAUUUGUGAUGUAUGAUUUCUUGUAAAUGUCACUUUAUUUUUGAGAUU